AUGGUUGGAUACAAAAGUAAUGACUCCACAUGGGGAAACACCAAGGAGCUCUUUGAAGCAAGCUUAGUGACGUCGAAGGAGAAGAUCCCAGUCCCAGACAAGGCAACACGAGAGGACAAAGGGGCAACUCAAAGAGGAAACCACAAGGCAGACAGAAUGGACCUAAUGCUAAGAGGCAGUGUCGGCAGCCUUACGCAGAAAAUACAGAUGAAGAUGAAGAACCCAGAGUCCAUGAAACUCGAAGAUUUACCAGACCUAACAACACCAACUACAACCAUAGAGCCGGUGUCUCCAGAGAUACAUUUCAUCAGCACAACAACAGAACUUCCUCGAGCACCCCAGAGGAGCCUCAACACCCCAGAGGAGCCUCGAGUCCCGGACACCCCAGAGGAGCCUCAAAUAACUCAAGAUUUCAGAAAAAUUAUGAGGCAGGAGGCAGAGGAGGCAGAGGAGUCAGAGAAGACAGAGGAGGCAGAGGAGGCGGAGGAGGCGGAGGAGGCGGAGGAGGCGGAGGAGGCGGGGGAGGCAGAGAAGACAGAGGAGGCAGAGGAGGCAGGGGAGGCAGAGGAGGCGGAGGAGGCGGAGGCAGAGGCAGAGGAGGAAGAGGAGGCAGGGGAGGCAGAGGAGGCAGGGGGAAAAAUACGUCGCAAUUCCGGAAUACUCGUAGAAACUAUGAAGACAAUACAAAGCCUCGUAAAACGUUCAUGA